AGGCCUCCCGGGGAGUCCCGGCUUCGGGGAGGCGGCGGCGGCCACUGUCUGCCGAGCCGUCGGCGGGCUUCCAUCGUACGGUGGUGUGGGAGCAGCGGCGCCUGCAAAGCGGUGUUCAUCAUGUUCUCCUUCAACAUGUUCGACCACCCGAUCCCUCGCGUCUUCCAGAACCGCUUUUCCACGCAGUACCGCUGCUUCUCCGUGUCCAUGCUAGCCGGGCCUAAUGACAGGUCAGAUGUGGAGAAAGGAGGGAAGAUAAUUAUGCCGCCCUCGGCCCUCGAUCAACUCAGCCGGCUUAACAUCACUUACCCCAUGCUGUUCAAACUGACCAACAAGAACUCGGACCGAAUGACGCACUGCGGCGUGCUGGAGUUUGUGGCUGACGAGGGCAUCUGCUACCUGCCCCACUGGAUGAUGCAGAAUCUGCUGCUGGAGGAAGGGGGCCUGGUGCAGGUGGAGAGCGUCAACCUGCAGGUGGCCACCUACUCCAAAUUCCAGCCGCAGAGUCCCGAUUUCCUGGACAUCACCAACCCGAAAGCCGUGUUAGAGAACGCGCUCAGGAACUUUGCCUGUCUCACCACCGGGGACGUGAUUGCCAUCAACUACAACGAGAAGAUCUACGAGCUGCGGGUGAUGGAGACCAAACCAGACAAGGCCGUGUCCAUCAUCGAGUGUGACAUGAACGUGGACUUUGAUGCUCCUCUGGGCUACAAAGAACCCGAAAGACAAGUCCAGCACGAGGAGUCGGCGGAAGGCGAAGCCGAGCACAGUGGCUACACUGGGGAACUGGGCUUCCGUGCCUUCUCCGGCUCUGGAAACAGACUGGACGGCAAGAAGAAAGGGGUGGAGCCCAGCCCCUCCCCACUCAAGCCUGGAGACAUUAAAAGAGGAAUUCCCAAUUAUGAAUUCAAACUUGGUAAGAUCACUUUCAUCAGAAAUUCACGUCCACUGGUCAAAAAGGUUGAAGAGGAAGAAGCUGGGGGCCGCUUCAUCGCUUUCUCUGGAGAAGGACAGUCGUUGCGUAAAAAGGGAAGAAAGCCCUAAGUGGGGACCUUCGGCUGGCUGGACAAUAAAGAAUCCGUUACAGCUUACUGGCUUUUGCUUACUGGCUCACCAGGGAGGAGACUCAGCAGAGCACACUCUGGUGUUAGGGUUUGUUUCCAGAAGAAUGAUCAGCUCUGACCUGGGCGUGCAGCAGCUGGGGUUCCCACAGGCAGCCACUCCCUGGGGCUGGGGGCGGGGCUCCCACUGCCUCCAGGGGAGCAGAGUUCCCUAAUUUCUGAUGAAACCAUUGCUCCAACUCGGGGUGCUCUUUCUCUUCCUUCAUUCAUUCUCUUCCCAGGUCGAUUGCCUCAGCCUUGUCUUUGGCCUAGAAUAAAAGUGGUUUCGCUAGUAAGAGCUGUGCUGUAAGUAAUGGCUGUUGCACUGCUUGGCGGCAGUGUAAGUGUCUGAGAAAGGGUGUCCCUGCUUCUACUUUACGUAUUGGUUUUUCCCCUCAAAUACACCACUGCUCAGCAAGGAGACCCUGGUGUGAGUCGAGUUCACACUUUGAUUUUGAAUUUGUAUGGGGAACAACUCCGUGGCGACACCGAUGUGACUGUGAGUGGGUGAAUGCUGACGGUGACGUUCCUCUCGCUCCUCCUUCCCUACACCUACACCCCCCUCCCAGUUUUCAUCUAUUGCAUUGUCCAGGGUUCUGCCAACCUGUCUUUAUUUUUGACGACUAUUAAUCUGGUCUCAGAUCUUCACUUUCUAUAUAAUGUGAGUGAGAUCUUUUGACAUGCUGAUCCUAUCAUUUUGAAUUUGUUCUUUACAAAUAAUUCUAAAUCAAGAAUUUCCAAUAAAAACAGGCAAAUGACCAAAA